ACCAUUGAGUUGAAUUUUUUCUUUCAUUUUUUCUACCUGUUUAAUUAAACCAAUUAAGUGAUCACCUUAACGAAUGUCAGUUAAUAAGUUAAAAAGUAACACCAAUUGAAUAAUUGUUUCCAUCUAAUUGGGAAAGAAAAAUUUACCAUUGGUUUUGAGAAAAGAAAAAGUGAUCGGGCAACAUUGAAGCUUGAACCUUUUCUCUCUCUCUCUAUCUCUCUCUCUUUCUCUUUCUUUACACAUUCUCUCUUAUUUUAAACAUUCUUCAGUUAAUUUCACCAUCAUCCUGAUUUUCGACCGUCAAUUUGGUUACUUCAAUCCAUAUUAUCGUGUUUUUCCUGUCUGUGUGUUUCUCGAGUGUAUUGUGAGUGUCUGUUCAGUGUUGUUGGUUUCACAAUAUCUCAAGAGAAAGAGGCAAAGUGAGAGGGCGAGUAAAAGAAAAGAGAGAGAGAGUGAGUGAGAGAGUGAGAAAACCAAGCUUCUCUUCUAGAGAGGUUUUCCACCUGUGAGUUAAAAGAAAGAGAUUCUCUUAGAUUCUGUACGGAGGUUUCACAAUGUAAAUGGUUGGAACUACUUCUAGAAUUUUUUUUAUACUUUCCUUUUCUAUUCACACUUUAAUUUAGUUCUUUUUUAGUCUCUCUUGACUAUUUCUCUCUCUCUUUCUCACUUUUACUUUUUUUUAUCAUCUCAACUUGUGACUGAAUGUGUGUGUGUGUUUUAUUCCCAUUUACCUGGUAUGUUUGUAUUUCUAGUUGUGAUUAACUUGUAUGUUUAUGUGUAACCUUUUUUUUAUCCCUGACGAGAAACCAAAAGCUUCAAAAUAUAUUCAAGAAUUAUGUCAUCAGCUGGGCAUGGAGGACACCGAACUAUUGGUAUUAAUAGUAACCAUAUAACGAGCGGUAAUGCUGGUGGUAGUUUAAUGUCGUCUCAUGGUCCUGGUUCGGGAUUACAUGGAACUGCAAAUACUUUAUUAACCGCUAAUCUUGUUGCCUCUCAACGGCAACACUGUUACCUUUGUGAUCUACCUCGUAUGCCAUGGGCUUUAUUACACGAAUUUAGUGAAGUUGUUUGUAGAGGUUGUGUUAAUUAUGAAGGAGCCGAUAGAAUAGAAUAUAUAAUUGAAAGUGCACGUCAUAUGAAACGUGCCGCUGCUGUGGGUGCUUCUCAUGGUAGUGGACCUUAUGUUGUUGCUGCAGCACCGACAACCGUUUCUGCAGGAAUUCAAACUCAUCCCAAUGUAGUGUCCGGUGAUUUACAUCAUAGUGUUACCGCUCCUCUCUUGAGGCAAGCAGCUCAGUACAAAAUUAAAGGUGGUCUGACCUCUGCAGUGGCUGCUGCCGUUGCCGAUUUAAACUACGAUCCAUCUUCUCAACAAGGUGUUAAUACAUCAGGGGGACAUCGAACCACACCACCUCAACCAAGUGUAGCACAUUUUGAAACAACUGCUCAAUCAAUUAGAGGUACAGCGAGUCCAGGACGUGGCUACUCAGCUCAACAAAUUGUCACCACAAGCCAAAGAUCAAGACUUUCUGAUAAACGUACCUUACACAAUAUUGAACCGGAAAGUGUUGUGAUUGACGAUUCAACGCCGACAAAUCGACCUUCAUUAUUGGCCACUGUUGAAGAAAAUUCCCACUCAGGGUCAACGGUAUCUCGACCACCAUUAACAAGAGGUGAAAGUUUACCCGCAGUAAUGGCAGCCCCAGGAGGAGGAGUGACCGCUUUAAGUGAUCAUGUUGCAUCGGGCCUUCGGAAAGCAUCAAGAGACACAAGUAGUACCCAUUAUGGGCACCCAAUGGUGGGUCGAGUUUACUCAUUUGAUGCAACACUAGUGGGAUCAAACAAGGUUUCAACACCUCUAACAACCGCCGCCACAACAACAUCCACAACCUCAACCACAACCUCAUCAAAGUCAUCUUAUACUCUUAAUGCAACUAAAAAACCUCGCCUCGAAAUCGGUGGAUCAAGCAGCACUGGCGGUGGACCUCAUACCUCACCGACUACCACUCCACCCACAUCAUCCUCUGGAACACCUCCAGUUGCACAACAUGCACCUCCCCUGAAAUGUACCAUUUGCAAUGAAAGACUAGAGGAUACCCAUUUUGUCCAAUGUCCAUCCGUAGCGUCGCAUAAAUUUUGCUUCCCUUGUUCCCGAGCGGCAAUUAAACGGCAACAACAACAACACGCAUCAACCGGUGGACCAGGUCCAGGAGAGGUUUACUGUCCGUCCGGAGAGAAAUGUCCACUUUUAGGGUCAAGUGUUCCUUGGGCAUUUAUGCAAAAUGAAAUAGCCACCAUUCUGGCGGAAGAUCAUGGAGCAGGGUCACCAUCGUCAUCUUCAGCUCCACCAACACCACAAAAUCAACCACCGGUGGUGGAAACUUUCAACAAUAAUAAUAGCAACAGCAGCAACAACAACAACAGCAACAAUAACAAUAAUAACAAUAAUAAUAACCAUUCGAGUAACUCAUCAUCUUCCUCCAAUUCAAGUCAAUUUAAGGUUAAAAAAGAGUGCGAAAGGCCCGUUGAGAGACAAAUAGAAUGAGCUAAUUAAUUAAUUUUCAAGAUACUACUUUGAUUAACCCGAUCCUAAAAUGUUGUUGAAUUUUGUUUAAUUUGAUUUCAAUCAUUUUCUCUUGUAACAUUGCACUAUUAACUAAUUAUUUUUCAUAUUCCGUUGAUUUUAUUCAUUUAAUUUUUGUCAAAAAACAAGACACUGCUUUUUGUUUUACAAGCAACAAGGUUAAUCAUCAUCAUCAUCAUCAUCUUCAUCUUCAUCUUCAUCCUCCAUCAGGUUAAUCAUCAACUUAUGUUUCAAUUGAAAAAUAAUGAUAAUUGUCAUCUAAUUGUUAGUUGAAAUUUUUUUCAUGAGAUUCAUUUGAUUGUUUAUCAUGAAUAUUACAUAUUAUUUAACUCGAGAGAGACUUGAUUACAAUUGAUCAAACAAUUAGUUGCAAUUACGAUGCAUGAGCUAAGAUUUUAGGAAAGAUACAAGAAAAAACUUAAAUUGCUAAAUAAUUAUCAAUCAUUUACAACCACCGAUUAACCAAUUAAGCAUAAAAAUUUUAAAUCAUUUCUUAUUUGAUUGAACUUAAUUGUUAAUAUUAAGUUUUUGUAAAUAAUUAAUUCAUCAAUCAACAAAAUCAAUUCCUGUUGCAAUUUAGUUUUAAUUUUAACUGUAUCAUUAUUAUUAUAUUAAAUUUUCAUCAAAAUCAUCAACUAAUUAAUUAUUAAUUGUAUUAACUUAUUGAUAAUUGUCUCUUGCGGAAAAAAAAAUUAUUCUCUUAAUUGUAACAAUUAAAAUUUACGAAAUAAUUAAUUUGUUGAAAGAAAACAAAAAAUGAUGAAACAUUCAAUUCUUAUAAAUUGUUGCUUAAUUGUUUACACCUCAGUCAACCUUAAUUGUUCAUAGUAAUUGUAUCAGUGAACUGGAAAAUGUUUUGAUUUAAAUUGCGACAAAUCUAAUAUUAGAGUUAAUUGUUUCCUUAAUUGUCCAAUCGAAAGUCAAAUAUAAUAGUAAUUAAUGAGAUCCACAAUUAAACCAUUGGAAAAUGAGUGAAAAACAUAAAAUGAAUUGUAAUGUGUUUGAUAAAUGAAAACGGAGGAAAUUAAUCAAUCACAUUUAAGACAAAAGAAUCACAAUUUAAAUCAACAAUUAAAAAAAUCAACAAAGAGCAAGUUGUUAGCAUGGUAACCAUGGAGUCGAGAGUCUCAGCUGAGCUUUUUUCCUCUGUGUUUACAUUUUUUACUUUAAUUACUUUUGUCUCAAGUUAAUUAAAUGGUCGAUUUUUUUCAUCAAAUUUAAUUUAAUUACACUAAUUGUGACUUUGAGAUUGUAAAUAAUCAACUUUACCCCGAAAAUUAACUGACAACAUUGAAAGAGAAACAUUUUUUUGUAAAUAUCUUUUUUUCAUCUUCUACAUGGUUACAACAUAUUCUGUUGGUUAAGAUAAGACCAAUUAACAGACAUUUUUUUACUCCUUUCUCUCACAGGUCAACAAGGAAACAACAACAACAUUCAAGGAAAAUGAAGAAAAUUUCAUUAAUAGUUAAUUAAAGUCUUAAAUUAGUAAAUUUAGUAAUUGCUAUAAGUACGAAUCUCUGAAAUUGGAAGCUGUUCAUCGUGACAAUUAAGCUAAAGAUAAUUAUACAUUUUAAUUGUUGUGGAUUACCUUUUAUUGGAGGCCAAUUGAUACAAAAAGAAGCCAGGAAAAGAGCUGAGCAAUUGGAUACAAGUUACAAUAUCUUUAAAUAGAUCACAAUCAAAACUAAUCAUAAAGAAUUUAUUUUCUAACAAAAUGGCAACAAAGGCUGUUCGUCAAUCUUCAUUCCUCCGUUUUGUUUACAACAAAGAGAAUACAGAAAAACUGAUUGAAUCUUCAUGCAAAUUACUUGGACUCAAGAAGGACGAAGCUCAUCUAUUUGUUUCCAAUCUCUUUCUCACUUCAUCAAAACUCAGAAUGAAACAUUUAAUAAGAAUUUUGAGAGAAAAUUGGAAAUACUGAGAAAAUAUUUAUCACCAUCGCAAAUUGUCAACAAUCCAAAGCUUGUUAUCAACUUGAAACCAGAUAUUUUAUCUCAAACAAUUAAGGAUCUGCAAUCAUUUGGUGUAACCACAAUUAGGAUUGAACAUUUAUCCAACCCUAGACUAAUCUGGAAAUUAAAUGAACAUGAAUGGAAAGAUUACAAUUUGAUCGACGAUGGAGUUGAUUGUGCUGUUUCUUAUAUCGCCAAUCAAAAUGACCUUUCAGAUGAUAUUAAACAAGCGAUUUACGAUCGAAUGUGUCAACAAAUUGCUGAUUAUAAACUGUUACCAAUAGAGAAAUUGAAACCACUAAUAACAUCAUACAAGUUCCUUUUGGCUUCCUAAUAAUGUACAAAUGUAGAUUAAUUAGUAAUUAGUAAUAAAGAGAUAAACUUUAGACAGAAAA